ACAUGCAGCGAUCGACUCUUGAAACUAAAGUAGUAGCUAUGAACGCUAGCAGUCUUAGCCCCUCGAUAGCCUCUGUGCCAAGGAGCCGAUUGCUCCCCAUACGUACGCCGAGAUCGGCAGCGUCCGAAUGGACGACGACGGGCGGUUCCCCGGCGGCUAUGGAGGGGAGGAGCCUGUCACCCCUACUGGAAGACUCAUGGAAGCUAUAUACAUCGUCGUUACCAUCGGCCUUGGCUCUCCCGUAAACCUACCAGUCUUCAGCGCCGGCGUCGCCGCCGAACUUGCCCGUUUCCCACGCUUCCGCAGCAUCCAAGUGACAGAUGGAGAUGGGUCAAAGGACGACAACAACCCGCGGUGGGCGCGCAGGGCGGUGACCGUGGAAGACCACAUGAUCGUCCCGACGCUUGAUCCCGCAGCUGUGAAGGCCGACCCGGACCGGGCCGUGGAGGACUUGUUGGAAAUAUGCCCUAGAGGCAAUAAUAAAUUAGUUAUUAUUAUAUUUCUUAGUUCAUGAUAA